UAUCCAUGGCUCUUGUGAAAGCAGCUGAUCCACAGACCUCCUCUUCUAAUGCUUCUCGAUAUUGUCGUUAUCACGUGUUCCUGAGUUUCAGAAGCCAAGACACUCGCAAGACUUUCACUGACCACCUCUACACGGCCCUUGUCAACGCCGGAUUUCGCACUUUCCGAGAUGACGAUGAAGUCGAGAGAGGAGAAGGUAUCAAGCCCGAACUGCAGAAAGCAAUCAAACACUCACGAACUUCUGUCAUUGUGUUCUCGAAAGACUACGCGUCGUCCCGAUGGUGCCUUAACGAGCUGGUGAUGCUUAUGAUGAUCCUUGAAUGCAAGAGGACCUCACCUGACUAUGUCGUUUUACCUGUCUUCUACGACGUGGAUCCAUCCCAUGUGCGGAACCAGACAGGAAGUCUUGCAAGGGCAAUUGCUAGACACCAAAAAUCUCAACACCCGGAGAAGGUGAAGGCAUGGAAGGACGCACUCGCAGAGGUUGCAGAUCUGGCAGGGAUGGUCUUACAAAAUCAAGCUGAUGGACACGAGUCAAAGUUUAUCAACAAGAUUGUUCAAGUGAUAGGAGAAAAACUAAGGCGUAGACCCCUAAGUGUUCCCCACAUCAUGAUCGGAAUGCAUUCUCGAGUCAACGAACUGAACUUAUGGUUACAAGAUGGAUCAGAUGAUGUUGGCAUACUUGUAAUUUAUGGCAUGAGUGGAAUAGGGAAGACAACCAUUGCAAAGUCUGUUUAUAAUUCAAACUUUGGAAGGUUUGGAGGAAGCAGCUUCCUUGAAAAUAUCAAAGAAGUUUCACAGCAACCCAAUGGCUUAGUUCAAAUACAAACACAGCUUCUUUCUAAUAUUUUGAAUGGGAGAAAAAUGAGAAUAAGCAAUGUUAGUGAAGGAUUAACUGAGAUUGAAGAUGCAAUAAGCUCCAAGAGGGUUCUCCUUGUUCUCGAUGAUGUGGAUCAUAUGGACCAAUUAGAUGCAGUACUUCGGAUGAAAGAUCAAUUUUGUCCAGGAAGUAAAAUCAUAAUAACAACUAGGUGUGCAAGAUUGUUAAAGGUUCAUCAAGUUACUAAGGUGCAUAAAGUUGAAACUUUGCAUUACAAGGAAUCAUUGGAGCUCUUUAGUUGGCACGCUUUUGGUCAGGACCAUCCCAUUGAAGGUUACAUUGAAUAUUCGCAAAAAAUAGUGCAUCAUUGUGGAGGACUUCCAUUAGCUCUUAAAGUUUUAGGUUCUUCUAUGUACUCGGAGGAUAGUAUAGAUGUAUGGAAAAGUGCACUGCAGAAGUUAGAAGCCAUUCCAAAUGGUGAAAUAGUAAAUAAACUAAGAGUAAGCUAUGAUUCUUUGCCAGAUGACCAUGACCGAAAUUUAUUCCUCCACAUUGCUUGUUUCUUUAUCGGAAAGGACAAAGACUACAUUGUUAACAUACUAGAUGCAUGUGAUUUCUAUACAAUUGUUGGCAUUCAAAAUCUCAUCGAUAGAUGUUUGGUCAGUAUUGAUGUAUUUGACAAUGUGCAUAUGCAUGACAUGAUCCGUGGAAUGGGAAGAGAAAUUGUUCGCCUAGAAUCAGAGAAACCUUGGAAGCGUAGUAGAGUGUGGCAACAUAAGGAUGCUUUCAAUAUCUUGACAAAAAAGAAUGGUACAGAUUCAAUUGAAGGCCUUGUCCUCGACAUGCACAUGCACCCGAGAAACAGUCACAUAAACUCAACGGAGAUAGUCUUGGGAACCAAUGCAUUUACAAGGAUGCAUGAACUAAAACUACUCCAUCUUAGUCAUGUACAACUCAACGGAUCUUAUGCAGAAUUUUGUACAGGAUUAAGAUGGUUGUGUUGGAAUACGUUUCCUUUGGAUUCUAUACCCACAGAUUUUCCUUUGGGGAGCCUGAUUGUUCUUGAAAUGCAAUAUAGCAGCUUGAGGCAAGUCUUCAAAGAAACAAAAUGUCUUUCCUCAUUGAAGAUCCUUGAUCUCAGCCAUUCUCAUUCACUUACAGAAACCACCGACUUCUCAUUUUGCCCAAAUCUAGAGAAAUUGAUUCUUGUAGAUUGUGAAGGCCUGGUUGAUGUCAAUGGAUCCAUUGGGAAUCUUGAGAGACUUGUGUACUUGAGUAUGAAGGAUUGCAAAAAUCUUAGGAUGCUUCCGGAGAAAGUGUUUAUGCUAAAUUCACUUGAAACACUUAUUAUAUCUGGUUGCACAAAUCUUAAUGAGUUAUCAAUUGAGAUGUUAAGGAACAUGGAAUCUCUGAAAGUGCUUGAGAUAGAUGAAAUCCCAAUAACUCAAUUAUGGCGAGGAAUAAGUUCAUGUAUCUGGAGUUCUUUACCAUGCUCUUUAGUAAAUUUAAGUGUUUGGGGGUGCAAUCUUUCGGAUGAUACCUUUCCUAGGGAUUUUAGUAAUCUAUCUUCAUUGCGAAGACUAAAUGUAGGGAAUAAUCCAAUUUGUAGCCUGCCAAAUUGCAUCCAAGGUUUAACAAGGCUCGAUGAACUCUCUUUUUCCAAUUGUACGAGGCUCAAAUCCCUUGUGGGGUUACCAGAAGUAGGCGAAUUGAGUGUGGUAAGAUGCAUAUCAUUGGAAAAAGUAACAUAUCAGUGCUUAAAACGCGUAAAGUGCUUCCAUUUGGGUGACAACCGCAGCCUAGUUGAGUGGGAGGGCAGCUUCAAGGUAGAACCCAUUGGAAGAGUUGAUGUAGAUAUGAUCAACCUCUUGGGCUUGUGCAACUUGGAAUCCUUGGCACCCAUUCGGAUUCAAAAACCAUAUUAUGAAACAGAGGGAUUGUACGAAUACGGUAUAUUCAGCACAUUUUUUGCUGGGAAUGAGGUUCCAGGCCAGUUCAGCCAUAAAAGUACAAAGUCCCCGAUAUCUUUUACAGUGCCAUUACGUGAUUAUUAUCGAGGCUUGAAGGUCUUCGCUGUCACAGAACAUGACAAUGGCAAUGGUUCUGCUGGCGCUUUACCUGGGCCAAUAAUGACUAGAGUCAGAAAUAAGAGCAAGGGUCUGAAGUGGAUCUAUUGCCCACGAUGCUACGGUAUUCCAGGUGAAGGAGAAGACAUGAUAUGGUUAAGCCUCUGGAAGUUGGAGGAGCAGGUUCACUUAGAAGGUGGCGAUGAAGUGGUUGUUUCAGUAAUAAUGCAACCUUGGCUUCAGGUCAAGGAGUUUGGCAUCCAGCUUCAAGAGAAGACUGUUUCCACAGAAUCUUCUUAUUAUCCAUGUGUCGUGAGUGGAGAUUUGUAUCAAUAUCAGCCAGGAGUAUACUUGCUUUCCGAAAGAUAUGAGCCACCACUUGAUCCGAUUUGGUUUAAUAAGAUCCUUGGGGACUCUGAUGAUGAAGAUACGACAGACAAAGAAGAAGAGAAACAUUAUGAUCAAACAAUUGGAGCCACGACAGGCAGCAACAACACUGGCAGCCUCCGUGGCUGGAAGGGGAUCAUCACCGCCGCUUGCUUCUUUCUCACGCUUUUUCUUAUCACCCGGUCUUCUCUCUCACACAAAAAGAAGCGACAGUCAACAGGCCGUGGAUAAACUUUUUGUACCUGAAGUGCAUACAGUUGUUCUUGCAUAUAUCCAAUGCUUUCCUUCCUAAGACCUAUUUCGUUUUGUAGCAUCAAAUGCAACGCAAUGUUCUCUUUUGAUUCUUUGAGCCUCUCAUUUUACAAAAUUAAUUUAUGACAGGUGCUGAAAA